AUGUGCACUCACGCGCGAAAUGUUACAGCGUGGGUGUAAUUUCCCACCAAACACAGAAUUUAGAAGGCUGUAUAUCACGCUUAGACUACUUCACUUGUCGUGUCGCUAGGACAGCCCAGCAUGGCGCCAGUUAUUGUGUGGUUGGUGUUUAAGGUGCGGUAAUGACAUGACUUAAGAUAGGGGUCAUUAUCCCAACCUGUUAAUUGACAGAUACGGAGUGAAUGAUAGUGAUUUGCAAUGUAUAUCCUUCGGCUUUUGUAAUUGUUAUCCUUUGCGCCACUGCUGUACUGUUCAAUCGCAAAGGAAUCAAAGCUGAGGGAAUUGAGGAGACUUCAGAGUAACUUAAUCAUAUCAGGAAACUGUGGGCCAUUAAUUAAAAUACUCGGAGGCAAUACGGGCUGUGAUAUUUACGGGUAAAAGAGUGGUGCUGCAGAAAACUGACAUUUAUAGCAUCCUCUGUGAAGUAUAUUAUAAGAAAUAAUUUAUUCACCUGAGAACCUAAUUUAACUGAGGCAGUGGCCAAUGUAAAGAGUAAUAAUUCUUGAGUUGCAGGUGUAGAGAUAGUGAUUUAACGUGACAAGAUUCUGGGAGUUAAGAGUGAAUGCACUUUGUGUUUGAAACAGAACAACACAGCGUACUGCUCCUUUGAGAUAGUUUGAUAUGCUGCAGUAUCUGUAAACAGUGAUACAUUUCACUGGAGGAUGAAAAGCUUUUCCUCUGGAUAACAGUCACUCCAAAAUGCGCUACUCAUUAUUGUCUGAAAAGACUGAAAAUAUACAGUGCUGACAAUUGCUGUGCUACAGCCUAGUGAUGUAUCAUGCAAUGUUCCCACCUCACAUGAUUGCUCAUAUCAUAGGACAACAGCAACAGCAGCAUCAGCAGCAGUUGAGUUAUUCAUCAGAUAACCGUGGUGGACGUUACUGCUAUAAUAUUAGCCCAUUUGAACAAAUAGAGUUGCUGCGCGGGCUUGUCGCUCUUGAUAUGCCUCCAGUCCGCAAUAAUCGUGGGUAUGGAAGGGGCAGCCAUUCACCACUAAUGCCUCCCCCAAAUACUUUAAAUUAUCAUGCCCCAACUACAAUCAAUGUGAAGAACUGUUGGAACAAAAAUUUCUCACGGCAACCACGCUGUGCUACGAGGCAGCUAAGCUCACCUCCUCGCAGUAUUGCAGCCGACUCAGAUUCUGGCUUUUCUUCACGUUCUCCUACACCGAUUACGCAGCAGGGUGAAAAUACAGAAGAUUCAGCUGACAACAGCAAUAAUAAUACAUCUGUUGCACGUGAUUCUAAUAAGGGCAUCAAGAGGCUACAUGAUGUGCAUGGUGGCGGCUGCUCUUCUGGACAGCCACAACAAACAUUUUAUCAACAGCAGAAGCACCAGCAUCACCCUCACCACUAUCACCUUCACAGUCACCACCAACAUCAGCAACACCAGCCACCAUAUUACCGAAGUGGGAACAAUGGCAGUUACCAAAAUAAGCGGCAUUAUAACAACAGUGGCAGCAGCAACAGUAACCACCAGAGGCAACAGUAUACUCAGGCACUGCCUUUGCGGCACCCCAUGCAGCAGCAGCAGCAGCAGCAGCAGCAGCAACACCACCAGCAGCAGCAGCAACAACAACAACAACAAUUGCAGCAGUCACAGAGGCAGUCACGUAGGCGCUUUUUUCUGCCUUUUCACUCUGGUGGAUGUGGGCCACCUGUCUUUACAGCACCUGAUCAUUUCCUCGCACAUGCACAUCUCAUGCAGGUUGCUGCCUCACCACCUCCUCCCCGACUUACAAAUGGCUCUCAGUGGGAUAAGCUGUCACAAGACAUUUGGGACAAGUUCAUUGAAAAUCAACAGACCGAGGAGACUUACAAAAAGAAGAUGCUUCUUUGGAAACAUCUUUAUAUCUUCAUUAAGAAGGAAUUUCCACGCUAUGGCCUGUUUCUUGUGGGAUCUACCAUGAGUGGAUUUGGAAGUGAUAAAAGUGAUGUUGAUAUGUGUCUUAUUGUGAGGCACACUGAAAUUGAUCAGCGCAAUGAAGCAGUCCGUCAUCUUGAACAGAUGCUCCACUACUUGAGGUGCUGUGAUUUUGUGGAACGUCCAGAGCUGAUACAAGCUAAAGUGCCUAUUCUUAAGUUCAGAGACACUCAGUGUGACUUUGAAGUGGAUCUUAACUGUAACAAUGCUGUGGGAAUCCGCAACACACAUCUACUUUACUGCUAUUCUCAGAUGGAUUGGAGAGUUCGACCUCUUGUGUUAAUUGUUAAACUUUGGGCCCAUGCCCAUAACAUAAAUGACGCUAAGAACAUGACAAUAUCAAGUUAUUCCUUAGUGUUGAUGGUAAUUCACUUUUUGCAAUGUGGAGUUGCUCCCUCAGUGUUACCUUGCCUUCAUGAAAUAUAUCAAGGAAAAUUCAGUCCGCAUUCCGAUAUACAUAGAAUCAACAUUCAUGAAGAGUUACGGCCUUUUCAUUCAGAUAAUGUUCAAACACUGGGUGAACUGUUUGUUGAGUUUCUGCGCUACUACGUGGAGUUUGAUUUCAGCCAGUAUGCUAUUUCUGUGAGAGUUGCUGGAAAGAUCCCCAUAGAAGAAUGCCGUCACGUGCGGUCUUACAAGAAUGAUCCUCAUCAGUGGAAAUACUUAUGUAUUGAAGAACCGUUUGAUCUCACCAACACUGCCCGCUCUGUGUAUGAUCGAGACGUAUUUGAGAAAGUGAAGCAAGUAUUCCAGGAUUCUUACGAGAAGCUGAAGAAAACCCGUGAUAUUGUAAGCAUUUUUUGAAUGGACAGGGGAAGUCGUAGAAUAAAUGAACUUUUGUUAAUGGACUGCUUUUGUUUUUCAUGUGUGAAAUGGCACAAAGAAAUGUUGAACUGGGUUUCAGCAUUAAUGGUGACUUACACGCUGGUUGUGACAUAAAAAGAAAUAUUCCUAACAUGAUGUGAAAACAACAUUGUGAACAGGUAACUAAAAUGGACUGUUCACUCACCUAGUCAGAUAAAUAUUACUUAUGACUGUGAUGAAGAUUGGAGCUUUAAGAUGAAUAUAUUAUGCCUUUUUCUCUUUUUAUUUAUGUAUGUAAUUGUUGAUUUUAGUUAACAUGCAUGUCUUCCCUGCAGACAUUGUGUAUGUGGGAGUAGGUGGUUUUUCUAUUAUAUUAUAAUGUUACUUGUAUGAGUCUUUUCAGAAGGAAAAAAUUUUUAAUUUUUAACAAAGUAUUAGGUAUUCCUUUCUUUUUAAAAUGUUUUGUGUGAAUGUUUUGCUUUGUUAAAUCAUGAAAACCAGUAGCACUACAAGAGUUAUGAGAACGUAGUGCUAUGUCUGGAAAAAAAACAGAAAAAAGAAAAAUUGAAAAAAUACUUGUUAUGGAAUUCAAUUGUAUUAAAUGUUCAAAUGCCAUGUUUCAAACAUAUUGUAGUUAAGAGAAGAGAAAUAUAAAACAUCGAGAAAUCUUUUUGAUACUUGUGUUAGUACAACUCUUCUAAUCUCUAGUGAAUGCAAAGUGUGUGGAUGCCUAACAAAGAAAAAAUUAUUACAAAAAACUUUACUCUUACAUACUACUGAUCCACCUAAUUUUAAAAACUGUGAUGUUGAUGCUUGUUUUAGACUUUUGUGGAACACUGUAGAAACAGUAUUUUGUGUACAAUUGAAUUAAGGCUUUUGUUUAUAUUUAAUUUUUAUAUAGGUAAUGUUUAACAAGAACUUUCUAAGUGCAUGUUGUGGGACAAGUGUAUUUCAUAUGUUUGGAACAGCGAACUGUUAACAUAAGCAAUAAAUACUGUGGAUUCAGUUAAUAAUGUGCAGAACCAUUGUAGGAGGAGUCUCUGUAUUAUUUUAUUUUUUUUUACAUUCCUUUUGG